UCGGGCUUCGAGACAGGCCAUUUGAAUGGGGGUCUUGUCGAUGAACAGCAGAAUUGUUCUUGCAAGGCUGCAUGUCUCAUAGCUUUUCGCAUAUUACCAGCAUAGUGCAUUUGAAUAAAUAUAACGCAUCAAAUGCGAUGUGAAGGGUUUUAUUUCUCUCUACGGGUCUAUUUGCAACUAAACGUACAAGUCUGUGCCGUUCAACUUUUGUAAAGUGGACACGCCUGGAUCUGUUGUGAACUGCAUGGACUAACAUGAAAAGCCUCAAAGCAAAGUUCAGGAAGACUGAUACCAAUGAAUGGAGCAAGAAUGACGAGCGUCUCCUCAGUGCUGUGGAGCAUGGUGAGGCGGAGAAGGUCACCACCCUCCUGACAAAGAAAGGAACCUGUGCCACAAAGCUGGACAGCGAGGGCAAGUCUGCUCUGCAUGUGGCAGCCACCCGUGGGCAGGCAGAGUGCCUUGCUGUCAUUCUGGCUCAUGGAGCUGAUGUGUCCGUAGUGGAUGCUUCAGGUUCCACUGCUUUACACCUUGCUGCCAAAAACAACCAACUAGAAUGUGCCAAAAAACUCAUACAGGCCAAAUGUAUGGUUGAUGCUCAAGACAGCUCUGGAAGGACCGCUCUUCACCUCGCAGCUGCGAGUGGAAACAUUGGGAUUGUUCAACUCCUGUGUGAGCACAAGUGUUCAUUGAAUCUCAAAGAUGCGGAUGGACUCACACCCCUGAUGAUGUCAGCCAGACACGUCCAUGCGGAGGUGUGUCGCAGUCUGCUAGACUGUGGGGCAGACGUCAAUGCUUGUGAUAAGAAUGGCAGGGCUGCUGUCAUGCUAGCAAGCGAGAGUGGCUGUGGGCCUACAGUGGAGGUGCUGCUGCAGAGUGGAGCUGACCUGGACGUGGUUGACUCCUUGGGCCACGAUGUUCUGCACUACGCCAAGAUGUCCGGCAGCACGGAUGUCCUAGCUGCCAUCAACGCCUCCCUUCUCCUCCUACAGACUGACUCAGCAGAUAAGAAUGCAACCAGAACACCCCAGCAUGAUCAUGUGGUUAAGCUAAAUGAAGAGAGAAGCACAACCCCCAAAAAGAGAAAAGCACCUCCUCCUCCGAUCAGCCCAGAGCAGUUGGCUGGUAUUGUCUCUCCGCCUUACUUGACCCCAGCCGAAACUCCUGUAUCAAGUAAAAGUGAUUCGUCCAAGAGGUUCAAUUACAAGAAGGAGGAUCUGAGGAGCAUCACACUGAAGGAGGAGAUCGAGAGGCUCCAGGAGGAGAAGAGCAUACUGUUGGACACCAUUCAAAAUCUGAAGCAGCAAAUUAUAGAGCAGAGUGAGCCCAAGACAGCACACCGUGGGAAUACAGAUUCAACAUUAGUGGCAUCGCUGCAAGCAAAGGUGGCUUCCCUCUCUCUGGAAAACCAGCAGCUUGCCCAGAUAAUCAAGAAACGUCCUGCUCCUCAAGGUGAAGAAGACGGGCAACUUUCUCGCCCAAACAGCAUUGACUCCAGUGCCUCUUACCACUCCACCCACGCAGACCUCGAUCACUCCAGCGAAGGUCACAGCCAAGCAGCUGACGUGCAGGAGCUCAGCGAACUGUCAAUCCUGGAUGUGAGCAAUACACCUCUCGGGCAUGAGGAGAAGGACAGGGCGGUAUUGAGGGCGGGCAGCGGAGAUGAGGUCCUGCUGCUUAGGGACGCACUGCAGAGUCUGCAGGCUAAACUGCAUGAGUCAAGGCUGGAGAACCGCUCACUGCAGGCCCAGCUGAAGCCCAGCUCCUGUGCGGAUGAAGCUGGAACCAAAGGCGUGUCAGAAAGUGUGGCUGAACUUAAAGUUAAGCUUGCAGACAUGCAGCGAAAAUACCAGGAAGUGUUGGAAGAGGUGCAAAAUCUCAGGGUGGAAGGGAGAGGACAUGCAAGUGCUGGAGAAGAUCCCAUGAUUCAGAAGUUUCAGUAUUUGAAGGGUUGUCUUGAGCAGGAGAUUAAAGAUCUGAAAGCAAAGCUGGUGAAGUCUCAAGAGGAGAAGACGCGCGACGCUGCUUUGGUGAAGGAUCUGGAAGCUCGACUGCAGGGCACUCACAUGACCGAGGAUGAGCGUCAGGAACUGAAGAAGUCUUACAAUGUCCUGGUGGAGAACGUCAACCAGGAGAAGGCGCUGUUGAUUGAGAAGUACAAGGAGGCUCAGGAGGAGAUCAAGAUUCUACAGGAAGCCAUACGUGGCACAGUGCCCGUCGAGGCUGCUGCCAAAGACUUUGAGGAGAUGAAGGCAGAGCUGGGUGAGGUUAUUGAAGGGCUCCAGAGGCGGCUGCUGGAGCUCUCAAAGUCGUAUAGCGAGGCCAAAAGUGAACUGAGCGCAGCCCGCAGCCAGCUCCAGGUUAAAGCUGCAGAAGCUAAGGAGAGGCCAGACGUGGCGGAUCCCACCAAAGAACAGAACGAGCAAAAAAUACAGGAGCUCGCUCUCAAGUUGAAGGACGUGCAGAGCACACUGAAGGACACCGAGGUCAAGUACCAGGCGGCACUGAGGGACAUCGCUGAGCUCAAAGAGAAGGCUGAAGUGCAGGCUGAGGCUUCCUUAGGGAAUGCCGUGAAGAACUUGGAAGUUGAGGUCGAGGACCUUAAGAUGCAGCUCUGCCAGAAGACCUCACAACUGGAUGCCCUGCAGGGCCAGCUGGCGGCAAAGAACGACACACCACCAAACAAUUCCGUGUCCAGGCUGGAGCACGAGCAGGUGAGGGAGUCGCUGGAGCGAGAGGUGAAGCACCUGACCCACCUCCUUCAGGACGCACUGAGGAAACAGGAUGAGAUGGCCCUGGAGGUGACGGCCGCCUGGCAGGAGGUGAAGGACGGAAGAAAUGAGAAGCAGGCUUUACAAAAGCUGGCUCUGUCGAGAGAGCAGGAGAGCAAUGCAUUGAACACCAAGUAUAGGGAGGCCCAGGAUGCCAUUAUGCAACUGAAGAAACAGGUGGAGAACCAUGUCAACUCUGAACGGGAGAAGAACAAAAAGAUUGAUGAUCUGUCAAAGGAGGUUGGCAAGUUGAAGGAUGCCCUGAACAGCCUGUCCCAACUCUCAUAUACUACCAGUAGCCCUAAAAGGCAACAGAGUCAGCAGGUUGAAUCUCUCCAGCAGCAAAUCAAGCAGUUGCAAUACCAACUGGCUGAAAGUAAGAAACAGCACCAUGAGAUCGUCUCAGUGUACAGGAUGCACCUCCUCUAUGCCGUCCAGGGUCAAAUGGAUGAAGAUGUGCAGAAGGCCUUGAAACAAAUUCUGAUGAUGUGUAAAAUGCCCAAAGAACCCAAGUGAUUGAUCAGAUGCAGUCAUAUUACAGUCAUAUUACUGUCAUGUACUGCUCUAGUUACUGUGGGAUGAGACAACAGCUGCUUGACUGAGCUCAUUGCUCAGUCGAGCAGCAUCACAUUGAGAAUGGAAAUGAAGCCAGAUGAAUGAAUUGAUAAUACAUAUUAGCAAAUACCAGCUCAUAAAGUGAGAAAAUUUACAAUGAACCAUUUUUUAAAAUUACAUUGUUCACGUUUUCAUUGAACAAUUUUAAAAGUCAAGUUACAUUUAUAUAUUGUAAAAUGUGUAAGUACAUGUAUCAUGUAAUCUGAAAUACUUUCAUGUCUAUAAUGUAAAUCAAAAACAUUUGUUACAAUGCAUACUUUACUCAUUUAGACUACAGGACAUUUUGUGUCUCUGCACAUUAGAAAUACGAUAUGGCAUUGCGUGCUUGAUGAAGCAGAGCAAUGAAAUAUAGUCGUGUAACUUUUUUUUUUUUUUUCUUUGUAUGUUUGUAAAACUUUUUGCAGUGUGUGCAUGCUGAGAAAAAAAUUGUAGACAUAAGAUUUACCAUAGCAUACCUUUUGUUUUAAAGGCCUCUUGCUUCGGGAGAUAUUUACAUGGAGCGUAUGUCCUUGCUUCACACAGCAAUGUCCCUCCUCUCUGUUUAAUCACAUCUGGUGUUCCCUGUCAAAGCUAUAGGACAUGAAGAACCGACAUCUGUGUUUAAAAUAGUACUUAAAACUUGAUAUUUGUCCUCUAUUAAGCUUAUUUUAAAACGUCUUUGUUGUUGCUGUGAACAAGUGGACAAAUGUUUGUUGAUGACUUAUUGUGGCAUUUUAGAAAUCUGAUGCAGGGGCUUCUUAUCACAGACUUGUCACAUUAGUUUUUGUUAAAGGAAUGAAAUGAUGCAACUGGUUUUAGUUUUACCUCACCUGUUCAAUAUUUGUUGUGUUGUACAGUUUGGAGGGAGAGGGGGGAGGAGACAUUGCUUGCUGUACCAGGCACAUGGGACAGCAGUAGAGUUAGUUUACAUAGACGCACUUGUUUAAUUGGAUAUGUACCAUAUAGGAUGCCAUGUACAGCUUUACCUGUAUACUUGCUUUUGCUUUGUACUGUAAUUCUGAACAUGGCCUAGCAACCCUCUGUAAGCAUGCCAGUCACUUUUAGAAUAUGAUAGUUUUAUUCUGAAUUAGGUUCAAGUUCGUACUGGUUUUGUAUGUUUGGUCAUCUUUUUCUAUUUAGACGCUGUUAUGCAAGCAAAAUAUGCCUUGUUAAUUAAGAACAAGGCUAGAAACGGUGCUCUUCCAAUAUACAGCAGAUUUGUUAUUUUUAAUUUAUAACAUCCGUUUCUCAGAAGGUGGUAAUCUGGAUAUCAACCUUUCUGGCCCAGAGGAAGGUUUGAUUGUUACCUCUAUCCAGUGUCUGCUGUCCUCUCUGCUCUAUCCCUCUGUCCUCUGCUUACAGGGAUGGUUCCUAAUUUACAGGGACAUCAGCAGAUUUCUAGCACAAAACAUCUUUCUCUUUUCAAAGGGGAAAGUUUUGCCAUGCACACAGAACAUUUGAUUUUAGUUUAUAAUAUUAUAAUAAAAUUUAGCUUAUUUUUUAAUAUUUAGCUUAUUUAGUCAUCUCCAGCUUCUAGUUCACCGUUCAUUCACCAUUCAGGUUGCCUUUGUGUCCUGUAAGGUGUCCCUCUGCAUGUAUGUAUGUAAGGAAUGAGGAUCAGCCUGCACAUUUUGGCAGUUCCUUUUAUAUACUGCAUGUUUUAAUGUAUAGUUAUGUGCAAAAGGAGACAACAUGGUUGGGUGUCAAUAUAUAUAGCCAGAUACCCUAUACAACCACAUAGAACACACAUCUGUGCCAAAAUAUGUGUUGGUUUUGUUAGACAUUGUAUGACAUUUUUAUGGGUCUGUGGACUUUGUUGAAGCUGACCUGUAAAUGUGAUAAUCAGAAACCUUUUUUGACCAUCUUUAAUUAGAAGCUGUAAUCAUUUGGUGAUUAGGUGUAUUUCAAAUUGGAAAUGUGAGUUCAAGCUAUGACCAGUAAUGUUUGCUGACUCCUUCUGUUCUACUUAUCACCCUGUGUCCUUUUGAGUGUCAUGUUUGAACCCCUGUACAAUAUUUAAAAAUAUUUUUUCUCUCCUUUUUGACUUGCUUAUUUUGUUUGUGUUGUUUUUUUAGGACUUUGCAAAAGAGAAAAAUUUAGAGGUUUCAUUGUCAAGGAUUUUUCCAAUUAUUAAAUGGUUAUGAAUUAA